CGUACCCCAUGCCAAAAGCCCAAUACUCAUUCUUCAUUCACCGAAAUCGUUCACGAGACCGACUUACAGAGAAUUCCGGGGGAAAUAGUGCCACGAGGACGUGAGGAAGCGCAGGAUCAAGACGUCUGAGACUAGCCGGAGGAUCGACUGGUGGUUGUGGCAUUGGCGACACUCUGUUGCGAUUAUUCGCCAAUUCACAGGUCCUUCCUGGGAGGAAUAACACGCCGGGUGCCCAGGAGGGCUCAGCGAGCCUCGAGUGCCAGUAAAGUGGGGUUUCAACUGCUGAGGGACGCUGUCCUGGAUCCAAGGUGAGCAUUAUGCAGGUUUUUGGACAUUUCCAAUGGUAUUAUGGGGUUCCAUCAACAGUUCUAGGCUGCCUCGAACUUUUGUCAUCCUGAUUAUGUUUACGAAUGGGUUUUCUCGGUAUUGAUUGCAAAUUUAUGAUGGCUUUCGCUCAUUUUUUGCCCUCGCAGGCGAAAAUCUUGCUUGCUCGCUUGAGAAUCCUAUCUUUGGUUGAGGUGACCUGAUUGAUUUGACAAUGAAGAUGACGAGAUCUUGGAGCCAGAUUUUUAGUUCUUUAAUUUAUGAUUAAUCGAAAAUGGUAGAGUGGAAUUUCUAGAUUUUUUAUUUCAUUGUCAAGGGGUCUUUUAAGCUGUAAAAUGAGAGCUCAUUCAUCUAAAUUACAUCAUUGGGUUGAGAGAUAUCGACUGUUGAAGACAAUUUGUUUUAAAAUAAAACUCAUUUAAAUUUGUGAAAAUCAGUGAGCAAAUGAAAAAUAUCACGUUGGGUCACCUCACCAGGCCCCCUUGCAAUCAAUACCCUCUCGUCUCAGAUAAACUGAUAACAAUGCUUCUAUUUUUCAUCUUCAAGCUGCUCCUCCAACCCUCCAGUGAUCCCUCCUUAACCUCCACCCCAGUCUCCCAAGAUUAUCUUACUUUGCACGUCCAACAAACAAUUCUUUCAGGUUGAACAAACGAAAAAAAAUAUUGCUCUAGUGCAGUACCACCUAAACAAAAAGUUUACUUAAAAUAAUCCGAGUAAUCGAAGUUAUACAUUUGCUUGUGUUGUGUUCCUCAAACCAAAAAGUUUUAUUCGCAAUAUCAGCCCAAGUUUACCCGAAAAUUCCCCCCAUGAACUCCACUGUCGAGGAAGUUUACAAAAAAGUUAUCGCCGGAGAAGUUAUAAAUCCAAAUAAUGGGAAUGCAAAGUCCGCAUUCAGUACGUUAUGUGAAGAAAACAUAAGUUUCAAGUUCAAGUAUGAGAAUAUUCCCCAAGAAUUCCCAAUCAUUCGAAUUCCUUCACGAUCUAAAAAGAGAAAAGAAAAAGAAAAGAGAGAAAAAUCGAGUUUACGUUUGUGUUCGUUUCGAGUACGUAAAAAUCCAAAAAGUGAAUGGAUUUAUCGCGUCGGUACCUCAAGAGAGCGAGUACUGCACGAGCACUCUUAACAGAGCCCCCAGGUAAGCCUAAACACCGUCGCAAUCUCCGACAUAGCGAUCUUCGUAGGUAUACGAUCGCCUAAACUCACAAAAAAAAAAGAAAAAAAAAUCAGACUCAAGAAUAAAAUCGACAAGUCUCCGAGGCUCCCUGCGCGUUUCAUGAGCAGAAUUUUGUGUUCGCAGGUUGAAAAAAACCUAGUGCAAAAAUCAUAAAAAAUGUCAGACUCGGGUUCUGAUAGUUCAUCGGAGUACGAGACUCACCGAGGAGGCGUUGCGACGCCGGAAGGCUCUCCGGGGUACAGAAAAUCCCGAAAGUCGUCAGUGAGUUCCGUGGGUUCAUCGCCCCGAGGUCCGCGAUCGCCGCCAGCGUCGCCCCCAGGAUCUCCAAAAUCGGGUAGUGGCUCCCCACGAUCGCCAGGGGCGCCCCAGUCCCCAGGAUCGCCCCGCUCUGCGCGCUCCCAAGGCUCCCCCAGGUCCCCAGGAUCGCCCCGAUCGCCCCGGUCCCGCCACAGCUCCCCAAAGUCGGUCUCAGGCUCCCCAAAAUCCCGAAGAUCCUCCAACUACCUGGACUCUCGUUCAGAGCGUUCGUCCCCUCCAGGUUCUGCCCCAGGCUCGCCCCCUGGGGAGUCCUCCAAGUCCGAGUCCAAGUCCCCCAGAGGGCCGAGGUCCCCGUCGUCUCCAAAGUCCCCCGCCUCAGCCAGGAGCUCCCCGAAGUCUCUCCUGUCAGGCCGUUCCUCCCCAAAGUCCUUCAAAUCCGGUCGGGGAUCGGCCCCGGACGAGGGCGAACUCGACGAGUCCCCGGCGAAGCCGAAAUCCCCUCGGGAGAAGUCCAACUCCUUCAACGAACUCGAUGGGGAACAGAUAUCCGACGGCGACAUUGAGGACGAGCCCGAGCCCCUGAAGGCGAAGCCAGCGCCGAUGACCCACGGGGAGGACCUCUCCGACGUCUCGGACCUCGACAGCAUGGACGGGGUGGACGAGCCCGAGGACAACCCCCAGGACAACGAGGAGCCGAAGAGUCCCGAUGAGAAGGGGAAGGCGGGGAAGGACGAGAAAGUUGCGUCUGUGAGCAUCGCCGAGGAGACUGAGCAGCUGGACUUCGAGGCUGACGGCCAGUGGAAGGACGAGAGGGAGGAGGGGGAGGCCGAGGCCCCGAAGGAGUCCAAGGAGAAAGAGAAGGAGAAGGAGAGAGAGAGGGACAGGGACCUGAAGGAGAAGGAGAAGGAGAACGACAAGAGGGAGUCCGGGGAGAUUGUGGACGACGAGCCUGUGGAGGACGGCGAGAAGGUGGAAUCAGAGCUCGAGGAGGGGGAGCUCAGCGACGGAGACGAUGCCAGACCCGAGGAGACCGAGCCCAGACCCGUCUGCAGGUUCUACAACAGGGGACAGUGCACCUGGGGCGUCAGCUGCAGGUUCCUCCACCCCGGCGUCACUGACAAGGGAAACUACACGAUGUUCGAUAUGGUCAGGCCCAUGGCGUACCCCCCACACGCUUCCAGUGCUACUCAUGAGUUCAGACCGCUCAUGGAGAGACCCAGCUUGAUAAGACCGCUGACGGGGUAUCCAGCUCCCCAUCAUCCGCCCAAGGGGGAGGAUCUCCCAGCUGAGAGCGCCUGGGAGAGGGGCCUCAGGCAUGCCAAGGAGAUGAUGAGGAAGGCCAACAAGAGGAAAGAGUCCGAUAUGGACUUCGAGGAGAAGAAGAUGAAUUUGAGCCUGGGCCAGGACGAGAUGGAUCGCGAGGCUGGGUAUUACGUGAAACCCGCCAGUCCGGAACCACCGGCUGAGAGGUGGCCGCCCAGGGAGGGACCCCGGAGGGUUCCACCCCACAGAAUCACUCCAGAGAGAUAUGACGAAGCCGACGGUUACUACCCACCCCCCAACCACCCGGGCCCGCCCUCAGAGUACUACAGAAGAGUUCAGUACAAGUCUGAGCCCCGUCCAGGCCCAGAGUACAGAGAACGAGUGGAUUAUCCUCCACCCCCGCGUGGGCCUGCUCACUCAGUAUCGCCUCCACCUUACCCCAGAGAGAGGGAACGCGAGAGGGGUAGAGAGCACGAGUACUACGAGAAGUACGAGAAGAAGCACAAGAGACCUUCCAGGGAAGUAAUCGUCGAGAGAAUUCCAGUGGCCAAGACCUGGAGGGAGGAGGACCCACCGGCGCCAGAGAGAGGUCGCGGGGACGAGUGGGCCGACCCCUGGAUGAGGAGAAAAUCUCCGAGUGCUGUUAGAAAAAGCUCUGGCUCUUCCAGAAGGCCCAGGAGGCAGUCCUACUCCUCUGGAUCCUCAUACACAAGCACAAGGUCCCGCUCCCCAUCCCCCUCGUCUCGUCGUGCUCGUGCCAAAGGUAAACAUCCCCCUCCCUCCCCACCCCCAGUGAACACGACAUCUCAACCGAGAGGCGUGAUGGUGAUGAAUCCACCGGCCCCAUUGCCCUGGGGAACGAAAGACUCGAUUUCCCCCACUGGUACAGCGCACAGACGAGCUGGACUCAAUCCACCAGCACCAAGUCCACUGAUGUCACAUCGUCAUCACGAGAAAACGAGGGAUAAGGCUGCAUUGGCCGCUGCUGUUGCUAAAGUCAUCAAGAGUCGUUCUAGAUCUAGAUCGUCCCACAGUAGUAGUGGAUCAGAGAGCUCAGGAAGUAGCAGUGACUCCAGUGAGUCCAGCUACUCCUCAAGCUCGUCCGUGGAAUUACGAAGGAGAAAAGCAGCGUCUCCAUCCCGCAAGGACUCUUCCAAGGCAUCGGACCCCCCUAAAGUCUCCACCUCGAAGCAGCAGGUGAAGCAGAAAGUCUCCACGACCCCCGUGAAGAAGGCAGACCGCAGUGCCACCCUGGCCGGGAAGAAACGGCCCCUGGAGUCGUCUCCCAUCUCAGACAGCAAAGCAAGCGUUGCUGCAGCAGCUGCCAAAGCUGCCAAGAAGGCGAGCUCAAGGCGAGAGGAGCUCCUUAAGCAAUUGAAAGCUGUCGAGGACGCGAUCGCACGCAAGCGGUCAAAGGUUUAAUUUUUCUCGAGGAAAAUAAAGCGAUUAAACGAAUUAUAAAAAAUAUGAUAAGCCUUCGGUGACGUAUUUAGGAUAUCCUAGGAGUUAAAUAAAGAGUAAUUUGUUUUUAACUCGCUGUGUCAGUUGUGCAUUGACAUGAUUCAGACGAUUUCAGUUGAAGAUAAUACGAGAAAAAAAUUAUUCAUUGAUUUUUCAUUUGAAUAAAAUUAGUAUCAAGAAUUCAAGUUCAAUGAGAGGGAAAAGAUUUUUGGGCGAUGUACAAAAGUAUAUUUUUUUCUUUUCAUCUUCUGUUAGUCUCAAACAUACAACCGUGCGACUUAAUCCGUAAGUUAAUAAUAUUAAUACUGCCUAUUAAAGGAGAAAUAAUUUUGUUUUCUGUACAUGAAAAAAUUAUAAAAAUCGUUCGUUCUAAAGUGAAGAGAUAAGUACCUCAUUUUUCACAGGUUUUCGUAAAUAAAUAAUGAUUAAUAAAGACCUUCCGAAUA